UCCUCCACGGCAACGGCUCAGCAGAACCAGCACGACAUGGACGACGGCGACCUCGACUCCGCCGCACUCUGGGCCGCCGUCGACUCCGCCGCCGCCCGGGCCUCCCGCGUCCGCUGCGCCUCCGGCGACGAGGAACACCGCGGCGAGGUGCUGCAGCCCGCCCGCCCGUUCAAGUCUCCGCGGCUCGCCUCCGCCUCCUACGCCACGCCGCCGCCGCCCGGGCCGGUGCCCCUGCCUCUACCCCCGCCCCAGGCUCACGCCUCUCCCUGCGGUACACCCGACGCCGCGGCGGCCGCCAGGAGCCGGCUCGUAGUCGUCGAUAGCCCGAUCCCUGAGCCCUGGGGAAUUCGGGGCCCCAUCCCCGCCGACGGCUGCUUGCUGCCCUCCCUCUCCGUGGCCAACUUCAGAAAGUACCAGGAAGUAGCCCUCUCGAUUUUGGAGAAAAGCGACUACACUUCUAUCAGUGGGAAUUCAUACAUCAAGAAAUCAGGGUGGAGAAAAAUAUCUUGCUUCUUCAAUAUCUCGUUUGAAAUCAAGGAUCGCUCCAUCGAGUUUGAUGAAGACCGCAAUGUCAAGCGUGCUGAAUUUCUUGUUCGAGCGUCAAUGCUUGGUGGCAGGUUCUCAGAUGGUUGGGGCUCAUGUGAUCGGCGAGAGAAAAGGUUUAACAAACCAAACCAUGAUAUUCCUAGUACAGCUGAAACCAGAGCUAAGAACAAGGCUUGCCAGGAUCUUCUAGGCAUUGGAAAUAACCGUCCGGGAUGAGACAUGGAAGAAAAAGUGACAUGAGUUUUGGUUCAGAUACAACCUCUUCCAUACUGCUAAACUGAAGACUAAAACGGCAUGCCAAAGGCAUUAUUACAAGCAAAAGUUGAGCUAAACAUAAGACUAAUUUCCCUUGCAUUAUUAUAGUACACUAAACUUGAGCUGAUGCAAGCAAAUGGAUACUGCAACAUAAGUCGCUUGUACUGAUAGUGGAGUAAUAUGUAAAUGGUGUCUACUGUCUGGUGCAUCGGUUUAUAUCUUUGGGCAUCUGUAUGGCAUAUAAACUGCAACUGCUGUACCUUUGCUGGCAUGGCCUUAAGAAGUUGGUAUAUAGUAAUAUAGAGGCGUUUUUGGGCAGUUUGUCUUACUUGUUACAGGAUUCCAGGUAUUUGUGUGUUGUUCCCAAAAAUCAGUAAAGGCAAUGUGUUUGUAUAA